UGUUGCCUUUAAAAAUGAGGUCAAAGUCUGGAAUUUCCUCACGGUAUAAACAGCAAAAAAGUAUUGCUCACUCAUCAUUGCUUCUGGGGAUUCAGGAGAGAGACAGCAAGAAGAACACUUGAAAGGGACAGAAGGUCUAAAGAAGAUGCUGCGUAUUCCUGGGGCUGUGCUUUUAUUCUUUUCAGUUUUCCCAUUCACCUCCACUUUUGUUGUUCAUUACACAAGUUCUGGUGGAAUAUGUCGAAAAGCUUGCGGGUAUCAUGGCUAUGCCUAUACCUGGUGUCAGCAAGGGGGGGGCAAUGGAAAAGAAUGGGACUACUGCUCCUUAGAAGAAGGCUUGGGAGCUUCAGGCAAAGCCUGUGCCACAUCCUGUACAUAUUGGGGGGCUGCCUACCGCAGCUGCUACUUUGAAAAUGGUUCUUGGCACUACUGUGGAUUGAUAGUCCAGCGGGAGCACCUUGAAUAUUCACAGGAAAAUGAUGUGUGUCUCAGUGACUGCAGAAUAAAUGCAAGUGAAGGUUAUUUUCAGUGUAACACAUUCCAGGGUUUUCAACGCUGUUCCCCGUUCCAUGAUAUCACUCCCACAGGCUUGCCCUGCCACUCUAACUACCGGUGUGCCAAAUAUGGGCACAGUGUGUACCAGUGCCAUACAGAGGAUAAGGAAGACAAAUGGGAUUUCUGUGGACAGAAGAGCCUGAAUCCAUGUGUGUGGAUCUUCUUUGAGAACAGCACUUCCCAAGCAGACAUCUGUACACUUCCUUACUCCCCAAAGAAGGGCAAAAUCAUUUUCCGCAGAGAGAGGCGAAAUGACAUGUUCAUUAUUGCCAAAGAGGAUGUCAGAAUGGCAGUGCAUUUUAUUGAUGGGAUCUCUUCUACCACAAGCUUCCCUGACUCUGUGAAUCUGGCACCUGUUCAUUUCUACAAGCAAGAGAACAUUUUCUGUAAGAGUCUCAAUUAUACCAAUCUGGAAUUGUGGAUGGACAUCUUUAAUCACACCUCUGUACCUGUUGCCCAUGUCAUCUUCCCAAGCAUCCUGGAUGCUGUUGAAGUCUUGCGUUUAGCAUUUUACACAAGCCUUCAUAGCACUUUCUAUAAACCUGCUUAUACUAUUACUGUGUCUGUUGGUGAACCAAUGUUAUGUCCCCUUGACCUGUGAGAAACCAGUAUGUAUAACAGGUAUAUUAGGUAUGCAGAGCUGUUUUUACCAUGGUAUCCCUGCAGUAUUAACUUGAGGACAUUGUUACCUUCUUCCUCUUAUUGCAGUAUCUUGAUGUUGGUUAUAGUAGGUCAUAUGAGAUGUCUUCUAGUCAUAAUCCUGUUAUCAGAUAAAUCAGUAACUAUUGCCUGUAACCUUAUUUGUACUCAUAAAGGAGCGCGCCAUAUACAUAAUACACUGGUAUUUUUGAUGGGUGGGGUGCUACACUUUGUAAUUUGAGAUAAUUAAAAUACGGCAUUUAUGAAAUCAAUAAAAUCUACUAAGUCUGAA